AACAGCUGCAUUGAACAGAAGAUCCACCAGCAGUACCAAGUGGAAGAUGGACAGAACAGCCACUGUAACCAUCCUCAUCCUCCUCCUGUGUGCCAUUGCUGCACAGGGUGUUCCGAUUCCAGGAGCAGAAGGACGGUGCAAGUGCAUUCAGACCAGCCUCUAUGUUAUUCAUCCGAAGUUCAUCAGGAGCUUGAAAUACAUUCCCAGUGGGUCGCACUGUGAGAGAGCAGAGAUAAUUGUCACCCUGAGAAAUGAGAAGAAAGUGUGUGUGGAUCCUGAUGCCAAGUGGUUGCAGGCUCUCAUGAGAGCCAUGAAAGGAGGCAAAAAACACAAAUGAAAAAAUUGAAGCCACAAAAGGAAGAAUUAAUUUCCACCUCUGGAUUAUCCGACGGGGAAUGAUGGAAGCUCAGCCCCGGGUGCUAGCUCAGUGAUAUCACCAACCCGUGGUUCAUUCCAGUGUCUCCUCUUCAUUGUCUUCUGAGAGUGAUCUUGGAGUUCCUCCCUGUCACACGGCAUGUCUACACCCUUCCGCACUACCUGUUUACAUUUGAGGAUGCCAUGUGAUAUUUGUGUUAGACAUUGUGCCAAGUCCAAAGUUUCUGUGGACAUCUGUGGUAAAUUUCGGACAUGUGAGAUGGACAUCAGUUGUUAAGACUUAAUGUUAAUUCUAAGAGAGGGAGAUGAGGGUGAGGUUGGAGCAAUGGUAUUUAUUAAUUUCCAUGGCUACCUUAUUCAAAAUGAAUUUGGUUGACAAGGGAAGUCAGUGACCUCUGGGAUAAAAUUCACACACCGUUCACAUCCCACCCUUCCCCUUUUGCUGCCUCUCUUUACAAACCCAGAAAUGAAGGAAGAUAAAUCAGCCUAUGUGCAAAGAAGGAUUACCUUUUGGUUAUUUCAUUAAUACUAUCUGAGUCAGAAUGUUGAAGAUGUAAAUAAUUAAAUCAUUCCUCCUUUUUUCUUGAAUAUAUGAAGUGAUGCAGCAUUGUUGCAAUGAUUUCUAGUGAAAACAUUUGUAGACAUCUUUGUUAUUUAAAAUCUUGCUACUCUGUAAUACAGAAAUGACAAUAUUGUUGACCAGUUCUGUUUGACUGAAGCACUUUUGUGCCAAAAUGUAAGAACAAAUAACUGUAAGUACCAUACAUGCCAUUUCACAGCGCUGUUUAUUGACCAUUAACAAUUCACUGAAACUGUAGUGCUUUCUGUGUAAAAUGUCAAAUUUUAGGAUCUAUCUGAAGUCUAUGGGAGCAAAUUUUCUGCAGUUGUAAUUUUCAUGUAAAGUACCUUCAUUUUAGAAGGUAGUGCUGCUAAUAGUCUGAUAAUUACUGGAGAAAAUGAAACUUGUAAAUAGGAACAAGUGAUAGAAAUGGUGAUAGAAAUCGUUGCCUUGAGGGCACUUUCACUGUCUGGACAGUUGAUGUACUUAAAGCACUUAAGAAAAGAAAAUAAA